AUGACGCCCGGUUAUGAUGUUAAUGAUGACGCCCUCCCCCUCCCUCGCUCCGGGAAGGGCAACGACCCAAAGGCUAUUCCUACAGGGAGUACCGACGAGGAGGUACUUGCAAGAAUUCUACCCCGUCCAGACACGACGGCCAUUGAAGCUGCAAUGAUUAGCAUUGGUCACGACUCUGAUGAAGGCGGUUUGGAGGCACAUCGACCCCGGCUGGGCCGUUCCCUUUCAAAAUCUAGCAUGGCAACGGAAGCUCUCAAAAGUCACUCUGAAACAGAUGCGGUCAUAAUAGAAGAUAGCACUGGAGACGAAGCUUCUCACCCUAGACGGAAUAGCGUUGAGCUUAAAGACCGUUCCCGUCCUUUGUCCCGCGCAGGUUUGAUAUCCCCAGAUCACGCCCAAGUUAAGCCUGAUACGGACAAUGUCGCUAUUCCUGCCCGUGGUUCAUCCCGACCCGAUCGCACUAGCAGCAAUGGCAAUGGUCGAAUCGCAGCACGUAGCGGAUAUAAUAUACCCCAGCGGGUCCCUCGUGCUGACGAAGUCGAGCUUGCGAAGAGGAUCUUGGCUCAAGCUACCGAGGGUGAGCCUUACUCGCCAUCCUACCACAGGGAAUAUUCAUCACCGCCGCGAACGAAUCGCUCAGCGACUCCUCCACCCAUAGGCCGCUCUCGAAGGAGAAUUAUCUAUGAGUCUGACGAGGAGGAGGAAGAGGACUAUUACCAACCCACGUAUCAUGACGAGAUCCGAAACAAAGACCGCAAUAGGAGUAUAGUAUCUACACCAGUUACUGCGAUCCAUAUACCGACGGAAGAAAAAUCAAGGUCGCCUGCCUCACUUCACCGACAUAGCCAUAGUGGCAGGCUGGUACAAUCGUCACGCAGGUCCUCACAGCCCCCACCUCUUUUGCGCCCCAGCAUAUCGCUGGUGGCCUACAAGUCCGAGUCUCGAACCCCUGCCUUCGAUCAGCAUCAUUUGUACGAGGAUGCAGAGCCGCCGCCGAUUAGCCAAAGACGGCCCGAUCACCCGCGUUCACGCCGGGGAACACACCACAAGUACACCGAGAUGGGUGAAGAACGUCAUCAGGAUUACAGCGUCAAGAAUGGACUCAGGGCAAAGCUGACGCCGGAUUAUCGACCAAGGACCGUGGAAAGGAUAGCGCCGAAUGACGAUGCGGUUUCCAUUUCACAACAAUCGACAUCCAAACACAGCACGACGAGCAAUGGCUCAAGCCGGACCGCAGACUUUUUCGGCCCUGGCAUUUUCCAGGUCGUUCUUCGCAAUCCGACUACUGCGCACCAGCUGCUGAAGUUCAGCGAAGCGCGUUUCUGCAGUGAAAGCGUCGAGUUUCUCCAAAAGGUUGAGAAAUAUCAGACGACUUUGAACACUCUUGCGGGAAUAAUGACAACGAUUCACAAAGACCAUCUCGCUGAAGACUCUCCGAAGCAGAUCAACGUCAACAGCGACCUGAGAAAGUCAAUUCACUCUGAGAUGAAGUCACUCGUUAACAGAACCCUCCCCUCCAUGGAAACUCUCUUCACAGACCUGCAAGAGAGUGUUGAGCAUGAUGUUUACUUGGACGUGUACCCUCGCUUCGUGCGUUACCAGAUGGCACUGAGCGCCACAAAAGCGUUAGCCACCAAUAGAUAUAGCUACCAAGGUCUUGGUGAUUGCUUUUGCUUGACCAACCCCGCUAUUGCUGAUAAUCCCAUUGUCUAUGCCUCGGACGGGUUUGUGAAGGUCACUGGAUUCUCACGGUCUGAAAUCAUUCCGCGAAACUGCAGGUUCCUCCAAGGCGCACAUACUGAUCGCGGACCGGUCCGCCGACUGAAAACUGCUAUCGAAGAAGGAAAGGAGUCGGUCGAGCUAAUCUUGAAUUACAAGAAAAACGGCGAUCCAUUUUGGAAUUUGCUCUACGUCGCCCCGCUGUACAACGAAUCAGGAAAGCUGGCUUUCUUCCUUGGUGGCCAGAUCAACUGCUCCACAACCAUUCACAGUAACGUGGAUGUAAUGAGAGUCUUAUCAAUGUCGAGCCAAGACGAUACGCCGACUAAACCAAGGGCGCCGUCUCUUCAUCGAUCAGGGUCGUUACCUUCUGCACGAAAAGCUUUCCUGAAGGUUCUGGGUGUUCGCACGGAUAGUUAUGGACAAAACGGUGUAUCAAAUGACCCCGGAAUGGAAAACAAGCUGCUCCAUCGCAUGGAGGGCCAGACUCUGAAUGCGCAGAUGAAGGAAUUCUACACUGCAUAUUCAAAAUAUCUAAUCUUGAGUUAUGACUCUUUCGUCAUCAAAUUUUACUCCGAAGGAGUAAUGGAUAUCCUUCACCCCGCCAACAACACCGUUGGCUUAGUCGCCGGGCAGGAAGUCUUCCGCUUCUUCAAACAGAACAUGGUUAACAACCAAUCUGACUACAAGGGCCGGGUUCGGAACGCCCUUCGCAGCGGAUCACCGAUUUCUCUUGAACUUCGACUUCAGACACGACGCAGUGCUCUGUUCCGCGGGGACGAGAAAUUCAUGACACAUUGGACGCCAUUAAAGGAUGAAAAGUCCCUCAUUCAUUGGGUGGUGGUCACCAUGUCGCCAGCUAUUCAGUAA